UUUUAAGUUACUGAGCGUUAAAUCAACAGAGAACUCAAAGAAAUUUUGACAUUCAUGUCACCUGUCACUGAAGCUGCAAUUGACUAGCCAUGCCUACUCAUGUCUUUUACCGUUAAAGAAGCAGCAAGCUAGAAGAAACAGCGCGCUAGUUAGGGAUUGUAAUUACUUUUAACUUUUUGUAUUGAGGAAGCAUAAUUGUAAUCAAAUGGCUUCAGUUUAUAUUCCGGUACAGAACUCAGAGGAGGAAGUUAGGGUAGCACUGGAUCAGCUUCCUCGAGACGCUUCUGACAUUCUUGAUAUUCUUAAAGCCGAACAAGCUCCUCUCGAUCUCUGGCUUAUAAUUGCUAGAGAGUAUUUUAAACAAGGAAAACUUGAACAAUUUCGACAGAUAUUGGAGGAAGGAUCUAGUAAUGAUAUUGAUGAGUAUUAUGCUGAUGUUAAAUACGAUAGGAUUGCUAUCCUAAAUGCAUUAGGGGCAUACUAUAGCUAUCUUGGGAAAAUUGAGACGAAGCAGAGGGAAAAGGAGGAAUACUUUAUACAGGCUACCAGAUACUAUAAUAAAGCUUCAAGGAUUGACAUGCAUGAGCCUUCUACUUGGGUUGGGAAAGGUCAGCUGUUACUUGCCAAGGGAGAAAUAGAACAGGCAUAUAAUGCUUUUAAGAUUGUACUGGAGGGAGAUCGUGAUAAUGUAUCUGCUCUUUUGGGUCAGGCAUGUGUUGAAUACAACCGCAGUCAUUACAAUGAAUCUUUGAAAUCUUACAAGAGGGCACUGCAAGUGCAUCCUGAGUGUCCUGGAUCUGUAAGGCUUGGUAUAGGUCACUGCUACUAUAAAUUGGGCAAUUUAAAAAGAGCUUGGCAAGCAUUUCAACGGGUUUUGCAGUUAGAUCCAGAAAAUGUUGAAGCUCUUGUAUCACUUGCAAUUUUGGAUUUGCAAACAAAUGAAGUUAAUGGAAUAAGGAGAGGAAUGGAAAGCAUGCAGAGAGCUUUUGAGAUAUAUCCCUAUUGUGCAAUGGCACUGAAUUAUUUAGCAAAUCACUUUUUCUUCACCGGUCAGCAUUUUUUAGUCGAGCAACUAACUGAAACUGCUCUUGCCGUGACUAAUCAUGGGCCAACAAAGUCGCACUCAUUCUACAAUUUAGCACGCUCUUACCACAGCAAGGGGGACUAUGAAACAGCUUCAAGGUACUACUGGGCAUCUGUGAAGGAAACCAAUAAGCCCAGUGAAUUUGUGUUUCCUUAUUAUGGACUGGGACAAGUACAGCUGAAGUUAGGAGAGAUUAAAAAUGCAUUGUCAAAUUUCGAGAAGGUUUUGGAGGUCUACCCUGAUAACUGUGAGACAUUGAAAGUUCUUGGGCACAUUUAUGCUCAGCUUGGGCAGACUGAGAAGGCUCAAGAAUAUUUGAGGAAGGCUACAAAAAUUGAUCCGCGGGAUGCACAGGCAUUUCUAGACCUGGGUGAAUUGCUGAUUUCAUCAGAUACAGGAGCUGCUCUUGAUGCCUUGAAAACUGCACGCAGUCUUCUUAAAAAGGGAGGUCAUGAAGUGCCAGUAGAAGUGCUUAAUAAUAUUGGAGUUAUUUAUUUCGAAAGAGAAGAACUGGAGCUUGCUCUAGAAACUUUCAAGGAGGCUGUAGGUGAUGGAAUAUGGCUUGCUUUUCUCGAUGGUAAAGCAAAAACCUAUACAAUUGAUGCAGCAGCAUCUAUUCUGCACUACAAAGACAUGCAAUUUUUUCAUCAGUUAGAGCAAGAUGGUCAUCGUGUCGAACUACCUUGGGAUAAAGUUACUGCGUUAUUUAACUUGGCCAGAUUGCUUGAGCAGAUGCAUAAUAUAGAAACUGCAAAUGUGCUAUACGUUCUUAUAUUAUUUAAGUAUCCAGACUACGUGGAUGCUUACCUGAGGCUGGCUGCCAUUUCAAAAGCUCGAAAUAAUCUUCAAUUAAGCAUUGAACUGGUCAAUGAGGCUCUAAAGGUGAAUGACAAGUGCCCAAAUGCGUUAUCUAUGCUUGGUGACUUGGAGCUGAAAAAUGACGAUUGGGUUAAGGCAAAAGAAACCUUUCGUGCUGCUAGUGAAGCAACUGAUGGGAAGGAUUCUUAUGCGAUUCUCUCUCUGGGGAACUGGAACUACUUUGCUGCAAUACGGAACGAGAAAAGAAAUCCCAAGUUGGAAGCUACUCACUUGGAGAAAGCCAAGGAACUUUAUACCAGAGUUUUAGUUCAGCAUACAGCUAAUCUAUAUGCCGCCAAUGGUGCUGGAGUAGUCUUGGCAGAGAAAGGACAUUUUGACGUCUCAAAAGAUCUUUUUAUGGAAGUCCAAGAGGCUGCAAGUGGUAGCAUUUUUGUUCAGAUGCCAGAUGUGUGGAUCAACUUGGCACAUGUCUAUUUUGCUCAAGGCAAUUUUGCAUUAGCUGUGAAGAUGUAUCAAAACUGUUUGCGGAAGUUCUACUAUAGUACAGACUCUCAAAUUCUCUUGUAUUUGGCUCGCACACAUUAUGAAGCUGAACAGUGGCAGGAAUGCAAGAAAACAUUACUUAGAGCUAUCCACUUGGCACCAUCAAAUUACAUUCUAAGGUUUGAUGCAGGUGUUGCAAUGCAAAAAUUCUCGGCAUCUACACUACAAAAGACAAAGAGAACAGUAGAUGAGGUGCGCUCAACGGUUGAUGAGCUUGAAAAUGCUGUUCGUUUAUUUAGCCAGCUGUCAGCUUCUUCCAACCUUCACUUCCAUGGGUUUGAUGAGAAGAAGAUCAACACUCAUGUUGAGUAUUGCAAGCAUUUAUUAGAGGCUGCAAAAGUUCAUCGCGAAGCAGCUGAGCGUGAGGAGCAGCAAAACCGGCAAAGACAGGAAGUUGCUCGUCAGAUGGCAUUGGCUGAGGAGGCCCGUCGGAAGGCUGAAGAACAAAAGAAAUUUCUGUUGGAGAAGAGAAAACAGGAAGAUGAACUAAAACGGGUGCGGCAACAAGAGGAGCAUUUCGAGCGUGUAAAGGAGCAAUGGAAGACUAGUACACCUGGUUCUAAACGGAGGGACAGAUCUGAGGUAGACGAGGAGGAGGGGGGCCAUAGUGAAAAGAGGAGGAGAAAAGGUGGAAAGAGGAGAAAGAAGGAGAAGAGCUCAAAGUCACGCUAUGAGAUAGAAGAAGGAGAAGCUGACAUGAUGGAUGAUCGUGAAGAGUUGGAAGAUGAGGAUGCCAAUGUGAAUUACGGGGAACACAAAAACCGGUUGGAUAAUCAGGACGAAGAUGCAGAAGAAAAUGCUCAGGAUCUUCUUGCAGCAGCUGGGCUUGAAGAUUCUGAUGCAGAGGAUGCUGCACCUUCAUCAACAGCUAGGAGGAGGAGGGCAUUGUCAGAAUCUGAUGAUGAUGAGGUGUUAGACAGUAAAUUACAGUCCAGUCCAGUCCGUGGAAAUUCUGCAGAAUUGCAGGAGAGUGAUGGAGAAAUCAGGGAGGGUGCUGACAAGCAAUAUGGUGAUGCUGCUUUCGAUGAUGAGGAUUGAUUUUAAAGAUUUUUAACUUUAUAGCAAUAGGAACAAAUUAACAUGCAAAUAUUUUGAGAAAGGUGAAUGCUGUUGUGCACUAGAGGAUUAGAAUUCCUUUGAUUGUUUGAAGAUGUUUGCGGGGCUGCCCACCGUAGAGUUGUCAUGCAAUUUAUAGGUUUUUGUAUGUUGUACUGAUGCAAGUAAAUAUUAAUUCGAUAGCAACUUUCGCAUUUUCAUGGCUUGUAUAUAUAUUUUGUUUUCUAUUAAGUCUAAAAUUUCGGUA